CACGACCGCAUGCCUCUUGACCUCCCGCCUCCAACCAUGCUACGCGACAACAUCCGGACUUGACAAAUUUCGACGGAACAACGAUCCAUUCUCCGAGCACUUCUGUCCUCUUCCCCUUUGGCCCGACGCCCCUGCAGAGACACUCCUGCAGACAGACACACCUUAUCGCAUCGCGAGAUUACAACUCCCAACCGGUGAACCCGACUGCUGGGAGACCGUGACCAUCACAUCUAUAUCCAAUCCGGUGCAGGCAUGGCUUCAAAUCGCCCGACCAAUGACUUGGACAAGUCGCUUCUCGAGAGACUCAAUGCCCUCAAGUCCACCAGUGUUACGCUUGAUACUAUAAACCCUUCUACCACUGCCAAUGACACCGCACAGGUGAAGCAUUCUUUUGCCAUUGGCCCUGCACCGUCGGUAUCAAAAGAGGAUGUUCUGACCGAGAGGUUGCGGGUGCUUCGUAAUGCAUCUUCAUCAUCAGUGCCGUCGUCGGCUUCUCCAGCGGGUGCCUCACCAAAGCCGCAAUCAGACACUCAGGCAGAAGGCCGUGACAGUUCCCAGUCUCUACCCCAUCCAAGUAACAUCAGUCAGCAACCAUCUAAUGCUGGGGAUACAAAGACCCAGACCCACACGCAGAUCCUAUCCUCAGCCUGGGGCCUAGAAGAAGUAGACGACCAAGCUCUGCAUGAGCUUCUGGAAGGUCUACAAGAUGACCUAAACCUGCAAGAAGAUGUUCCUGCCGAAGACGACUAUGGAGACGUCGAUCUUCAUGCUAUUGCUAACAGCAACAACAACGACGGGGAUGAUGGCAUCAUCGAAAACGACGAGGACAGAGUCCAGAAACUUCUGUCGGAACUCGCGGCGCCCAAGCCUAACAACAACUCGUUUGCAGAUGACCAUGACGACGACAACAACAACAACAGCGAUGAUGACAACUCAGACGGUGAAGCCAUGACCAAAGAAACGAACAAGAUCCUCGACCAAGUCCAGGACGAGAUCAUCAACUUCAACAACAACCCUCCUGCUGCUGAAGACAACAACACAAAUAACGACGCACACGACCCCUUCUCCCUCCCCUCCCCACCCUCAGGAACCCGCACACCCACGUACACCUCCACCUCCCCCAACAAAAACGACGACAACAACACCCUCAACCUCCCCACCGUCCCCUCCUCCACCCUCUCCCCUCCCUCCGGCUCCGGCUCCGGCAAAGAAGACGACCCAAACGACACCAUCACCUCCCUCACCGCCCGCCUCUCCCACCUGCGCUCGACCCCCAUAAAAACCGACGCCUUCGGCCUUCCCUCCGUGCCCACCACCACUUUGAUCCUACCAGCCGAUUCCUCUUUUUCCACCUUCCCUCCCCCGCCUGUGAGCACCAAGUACCAAACCAAAUCCACCAAAAACUGGGUCGGCAGGGGCGAAACCUACACGGACCAAGAUGUGAGGAGGUGGUGUAAAGUCUGUUUGGAGGAUGCGACUGUUCGAUGCGAGGGGUGUGAUUCUCAGGAUGGAGGGGAAGUGUAUUGUACGCGGUGUUGGAGGGAGAUGCAUGUGGGUGUGGGAGCGGGGUGGGAGGAGAGGGGACAUCGGUGGUUUAGGAUUGGUGGUGGUAAGGGGGAUGGGAGUGGGCCUACUACUCCGAUGUAA